GCCCCAAUUCGACCCGGGAAACAUUUUGUGAAUGAAACAAUUAGAUAUUGGAUUACUAAUAAUACGUUUGCCUUGAUCAUUCCGAAUAAAAUAAUUUGCUGUAGCAACUAUAGCUUGGAAACCAUCCGUACAUUCUAUUUGUGCCACUCUGGAGACGCUUUUGUGUGAAUUGAGGACAGAAAAUGUAUAUGUCUCUUAUCUCACACUAGCCUCUAUAGCAUUUGGUUUGUUAAUUUAAGGGAGUAUAUUUAAGGAAUUGAACAAAUAAGGCGUGUCUUUUUGUCUAAGAUGUCAUCAUUGUUUGCACUUUAAAUAUUGUGCUAAAAAUUAAACCUCAAAGGUUCUGUUUGUGACUGUAAAAUAAUUCAGUUAAAAAUAAAGGCAAACUAUUUGUUAAAACAAUAUUUGUGUGAUCAUCAUACACAUGUAUAUAACAUAGAAUUACACCAUGCAUGUUAGCCUACAUUCAAAUCACUGAAAUACUACAAUCUAAUUGUUCAAUAAUGUAGGGCUUGUGGGCUAUGUAACCCUCUCACAUUCUAUGCAAUACAUCUUGGUAAAAAUUACUUAUAGGCUUACUGUAAGUACCAAAAUUGUAGAAAGUGUAAUAAUGGACCCUUUCUCUAAUACGUAGAAUCACCCAUCCUGUAUGCUCACUCCUAUGUUCUCAAGGUAGAUACACUUUUGUUCCUUGUACCUAAUCGACCAUGACUGACUGACUGACUGACUGACUGACUGUCUGAUACAGUACAGAGAGGAUGACUGAUUCUCUUUGGCAUUGAGUCCGUUAAGGGCCUAUGAUUAUGAUGAUGACGAUGAUUGUUCCAAACAGGUUCUUUAAAAAUAAAACAACAACCCAGUCAUAUAAACUCUGGAAUGUUGUACUAGAUCCCUCCCUGGAGACAACAGACAGGUAACCAAUAGGAAACACUUAACUGAAGACAGGUAACCAAUAGGAAACACUUAACUGAAGACAGAGACAGGUAACCAAUAGGAAACACUUAACAACAUACAGGUAACCAAUAGGAAACACUUAACUGAAGACAGGUAACCAAUAGGAAACACUUAACUGAAGACAGAGACAGGUAACCAAUAGGAAACACUUAACAGUCGACAGGUAACCAAUAUGAAACACUUCACAGCAGACAGGUAACCAAUAGGAAACGCUUUACAGCAGACAGAUAAUCAAUAGGAAACACUUAACAGCAGACAGGUAACCAAUAGGAAACACUUAACAGCAGAAAGGUAACCAAUAGGAAACACUUAACAGUAGACAGGUAACCAAUAGGAAACACUUAACAGCAGACAGGUAGAGCAGUAGAGCAUCUUUUCUCUCACAGGUUGCUGAGAUUUGUCUCACAAUCGACUUUCUUGUACAACAGGUCUGGAAGAUAAAGAGUGACGUUGUUGAUAUCUCCAACCUGUUCGUCGGUUGUGAACAAUGCAGUGAUUGUUGCUCUGACUGUCUGUUGAAUUACGUGCUGUCAGUCUGGCCUAUCCAUCUGAUGUGAGUGACUCCCUGUCUGAAUCUGAAGUGAACCAGUUAGAGAAAAAGGACCAUAUUAACUAAAUAUUUAUAACUCAGUCCGUCUUUUGUGUGUAGCUAAUAAUUAUGCAGCUCCUGGUUUUGACAUACACUUUAUCUAGCUAGCACAUGUUACUUUCCUUCAAUAAAUUUGUCACUGCACUCCUGCUAACAUGUUUCUGCUUCUCUCUCUCUCUCUCUCUCUCUCUCUCUUUUUCCUCCGUUCUCCGUCUCUUCUCCCUUCUCUUUCUCCCCCUCCCCAGUAAGAGGCCAGUCCUGUUGUUGCAGAAUGAGCCCAGCUACGGUCAGCGUCGGCCCUACACCAACGAAGACGAGGCGUGGAAGUCGUUCCUGGAGAACCCCCUGACGGCCGCCACCAAGGCAAUGAUGAGCAUCAACGGGGACGAGGACAGCGCCGCCGCCCUGGGCGUGCUCUACGACUACUACAAGGUGCCCAGAGAGAAGAGAACAAUAUCCCAGACCAAGACAGAGUCAAUGGGCUCUGAUGUGGAUCCCAACAAAAGGUCCAUGCACUUGAUGGCCCCCCUGCAGGAAGCUUCCGUGGCGUCAGUGGAGAGCAGGAUCCAGUUCCUGAAGGGCCCCAUCAACAUCCUGCUGCCCAACCAGCUAACUGGCCAGGACAACAAGAGAGGGGUCCUUUUCCCCUCCCCGGACACCACUGUCACCGUCUCCAUCGCCGCCGCCCCCAACUAUCCCAACGUCAAGAUGGAGGUGCCCUCCCACAACUUCCACUGUGCCGAGUCCGACAGCCACACGGCAGAGUUCGCCAGGCAGCUUACACACAGCCAGUUCAGCCCUAGCACCCAGCCCCGUACCCCCGACUCCACCUUCCCAGAGACCUACAAGGAUGGUUCCCAAGAGGUGUUUUCCUUCCCAGGGGAUCUCCAGUUACGCAUGGCCUCCAUCUCGGCAGAGGAAUACAGCGUGUUUGACACCGUGCCUGGGAAUAAUUUUGAGUACACCCUGGAUGCUUCCAAGUCGCUGCGUCAGAAGACAGGUGACGGUACCAUGACGUACCUGAACAAGGGCCAGUUCUACCCCAUCAGCCUCAGGGAGACAGACAACAGCAAGCUGCAGCACCCCAUCAGCAAAGUCAGGAGUGUGGUGAUGGUGGUGUUCGGGGAGGAGAAGUGCAGAGACGACCAGCUGAAGCACUGGAAGUACUGGCACUCCAGACAGCACACAGCCAAACAGAGGUGUCUUGAUAUUGCUGACUACAAAGAGAGCUUCAACACAAUCAGCAACAUUGAGGAGAUCUCCUACAACGCCAUCUCCUUCACCUGGGACAUCAAUGAGGAGGCUAAGAUCUUCAUCUCGGUCAACUGUCUGAGCACAGACUUCUCUUCCCAGAAGGGUGUGAAAGGCCUGCCCCUGAACCUGCAGAUAGACACCUACAGCUACAACAACCGCAGCAACAAGCCCAUCCACCGGGCCUUCUGCCAGAUCAAGGUGUUCUGUGACAAGGGAGCUGAGAGGAAGAUCAGAGACGAGGAGAAGAAGCAGUCCCGUAGGAAGGGCAAGAGCACCGACCUCAACACCAGUCUGGGAUCAUAUGUGGACGUUAAAGUCCCUUUCCUUCAGAAGCGUAAUGAUGUCACAACCUUUAAGAUGAUGACUGACUUUGAGACCCAGCCGGUUCUCUUUAUACCUGAUAUCCACUUCUCCAUCUUCCAGCGCCAUCCCUUCUCACAAGAAGAUGGAGAGGAAAGUUCGGGCAUGAAGAGAUCGCUCUACGCUGAGGAUGAGUUUGGUUCACCUUCCAAUAAGCUGUCCAGAAUGGACAAGCCCAAGAAAGUUCUGCUGUACGUGCGUAGGGAGACAGAGGAGGUGUUUGAUGCGGUCAUGCUGAAGAACCCAACAAUGAACGGGCUGGUGGAAGCAAUAUCCGAGAAAUACAACGUGCCGCUCCAGAAAGUAGGGAAAGUCUACAAGAAAUGCAAGAAAGGGAUUCUAGUCAACAUGGAUGACAACAUCAUCAAACACUAUUCCAACGAAGACACCUUCCAGAUCUCUAUGGAGGAGCUAGGGGGCAUUUAUAAACUCACCCUGACUGAAAUCUGAUUGGCCCAAAGGGAGGGGUGGGGAGUGAUUGACACUAUCACUGCUCAGUCCGCAAAGAGUGUGGCGAUAGGGCAGCUUGUAAAGUUGUUGUAAAUGUAAAGACUCUUAGUUUACAGAUACACAUGGCAUUGGCCCAGGCACCAAAAAUGGACAGAAUGUCUCAGACAUUAGCCAUAUCUACAGUCCACUAGCCUGGUCCCAGAUCUGUUGUUAGGCUUGCCAAUGAUCAGCAUAGACAGAUCUGGGACCAGGUUUAAACUGUCCACCUGUCUAAGAGUCCGUGUUCUUCUUUAUUUGUGACGUCACUAAUACAAGUUACAAAGCCACUACUCUUAUGCCAUGAUGACAUUGUGUUGAUGGCUUGAUGUAGACUUUUCAUACAUUUUUGAUACUUUUGUAUUUAAGAAUUGAGUCUGACAAGAAGCCCUCUUAGCUAUGUCUUAUAGGUAUGCUGAGGCCAUUUGAGAAUCUUUGUUUAUUUGUGUGGCGUGUCUCUCAGUAUCUUUGUGUUGUACAUGGUAUAAGUGAAAGCAUCAGUCUAAUAGUGCAUUGCUUUUGGCAUUAGCGUCAUAGUGAUCUGGAGAUGUAUGCAAUCGUUUAGCCUGGUCCUCGAUCUGUUUGGUGUGUCUUGCCAAUUCAUGUGGGGAUUGUCAAGCCAAACAAAACAAGACAGUGAAAACACAACUGGGACCAGGCUAGCUAUCCUUAUGCCUCAGGCUGCAUUCUAUCUGCCCCCUUGGAAAGGGUUGUCACUAGUUACCACAGCUACAAAGUCAACAAUUGUCCAGAUUGUAAAAUGAAUGAAAACUAAAAUGCAGCUUUUUGGUCUUAAUUUAAGGUUAGGGUUAGGAAUAAGGUUAGCAGUGUGGUUAAGGUUAGGGUUAAGGCUCGUGUAAGGUUUAAAAUCAGAUUUUAAAGAAGAACAUUUUUAGAAAUAGCCGAGGUUUAGCCAUGACUAUGACUAUGUGGCUGUGGUAACUAGUGACGAACCUCGGAAAGCCAUAGUACUGAAGACAGAUCUUAAUCUAUUAAACUAGGAUAUCUAGUAGGAUAUCUAUUAGGAUAUCUAUUAGGAUAUCUAUUAGGAUAUCUAUUAGGAGAUCUAGUAGGAUAUUUCGCACACAAGGUGAGUGCAAACGCGUAUUGUAAAUAGAGAGGAUGGAUUGGCCUGGUUGGCUUACUCACUGUAUUGAUACUAAACAUCCUGGCAGUAUUUAGUAUGUAUGUAAUGUACACGCUACCACAGUCUGGCAGUUAGUAUGAUAUAAUCUGUGUUUGUUGCUACUGUAUGUGUGUUUUGAGAAUGAGCAUGUAAUGUAUGUGUGUGUCAUAUGGAUUCUGAAUAUGAUGGAGAGCAGACAUUUUCCCUCAUACUGCUUUAGCAUAUGGCCUCUUCAUAAGUAUUACAUGUCAAAAAAUGAUAAUAAGAUAAAAAUGUAUCAACCCUUCUGUCACUCAGCUAUGGUGUGAAUAGGAUUCAGACCACAGGAGGCUGCUGAGGGGAGGUCGGCUCAUAAUAAUGGCCAGAACAGAGCAAAUGGAAUGGCAUCGAACAACUGGAAACCACGUUUAAUGUAUUUGAUGCCCUUCCACUGAUUCCACUCCAGUCAAUACCACGAGCCUGUUCUCCCCAGUAAAGGUGCCACCAACCUCCUGUGAUUGACUAUUAGUCUAUUAGUACAAAGGAAGUGCAAUAAGUCAGUGAUUGAAGCUCAAACACAUUCAGAUGGACAGAUUUUCCCUUUAUUUUCAUACACAUAUCAGACACAGUAAUAGUGUGAUAACAUGACAUUUGUGUCCAUUUGAAAAUGUGGGGGACAUUUCUUUCCUUGUGUACCUUCGCAGCUCCUAUUUGCACCAGAGUAACAAAGUGAUGCUCCAGUGCUUAUGAAUAAUUUCAGCCAGUAGUUUUAAAAGUAGUGCUCACGAGCCAAAACCUGUUCCCGGAUAUUGUCGACUAUGUUAUCCAUUUCGUAUGAUAAGUUACGUCCUGCAACAACAAAAAAAUGCCUUAAAAUGUUUUAUUCGUAUGAUAUGUUAAGUGCUUAAUAUCCCGGACUGCAUCUUUAAUGUCUAUAUAUUUAUUAUGAGAAUGGGAAAUAGGGUAUUUUUUUACCAUAUACACUGAACAAAAAUAUAAAUGCAACAAUUAAAAUGUUGGUUUUCAUGAGCUGAAAUAAAAGAUCCCAGAUAUUUUC